AUAAAGAUGGUCUUGGAUACCCUUUGUAAAUAGGAAUGUGGAGGUGGGAGGGGAAAACCAGCCCGACACUGUCUACGAUGUUGUCCUGGGAUAUCCAUAAUUCUGAAUUGUGCUUUAUGAACAAGGAAAGGGGCCUAACAACUCACCUGAAAGAGUGAGUCAUCAUUGAACCAAAGGAGAAGUUUUAUCUUAAAGCCACUACAAGGAAGGAAGCCUGUAAAAGCUGGUCUGCUUGAGGCUGCUCUCCUGCUUUCUCUAGACUUUUCUAGCUGUAGUGGGUGAUGCCACAGCAGCUCUAAAGUUCAGAUCCCAAUAAUCAAGUAGUCAACAGGCAGGAGCAUUUGAAAACAAUCAUGGAUGACUAUGAUAUCAGGUCUGCUGCCAGCAUUUUAGCAUCUGUUAAGGAGCAAGAAGCUCGUUUCGAGCGGCUCACCCGUGCACUUGAGGAAGAGCGGCGCAAUGUCUCCUUGCAACUUGAGCGUGCCAAUCAGCCCGCAGACCGAAUGAGCAUUUGCAACAUUGGCAAUGGUCAGCCACUGGCAACCGCCUGGCAGCAGCUUGUACUGCAGGAACAAAGCCCCAGUAACCAGACAUCAAUAGCAAUGAUGCAAGAGCCUCAAGAAAUGGUGGAAGAGACAGUUACUGUGGAGGAAGACCCAGGGACUCCCACUUCUCAUGUGUCUAUUGUCACUUCUGAAGAUGGAACCACAAGGAGAACUGAAACCAAGGUUACCAAAAUGGUCAAAACCGUCACCACCAGAACAGUGCGUCAGGUGCCACUUGGGCCCGAUGGCCUGCCAGCAAUGGAUGGCUCCUCUCCCAUGGGCAGCUACACAGAUUCAAUAGACAGAAGGUACAUGAAGAACGGGGAGAGGUACAUCACACCACAAGCAUCUUCCACGUUAACCAGAUCUUACAACAGCUACAACGAUUCUUACCCUGAAAGUCAGGAAGGCCAAUAUCGCCCUUACAUCAGUCACGAUGGUUAUGGGGAUCUGUCUGAUAACUAUGGCAGCUUGUCUCGGGGUGUCAACUACCGUCCUCGCUAUGCCUAUGUGCCAGGAAACAGUUACAGGCCAGAUGAUGGUAGCUUCACUUUGCCAAGCAGAAGGGACAACUACGCUCCUGUGGCCCAGCCUCAGGUGCCAGUGAGCAGCAACGUUGACUUGAACCGCUCCCAGCCGGAACGCUUCCAGCCAGAGCCCUAUGGACUGGAAGACGACAACCGCAGCCUUGGAGUGGAUGAUGAGGGGUAUGAACUUGAUCCUGAUUACUCCACUGUGAACAGGAGGACAUCUGCAGGUCUGCCCGAGAGAGGGAGACCUCACAAAGGAAGAGGCUACGAGGACCCCAUCGAGACAGAGAUGGUUGAAGAGAGGAUCCCUUACCUUCAUGGUGGAUACGCAGCACCCCUGGCACAGCCCGAGAGAGGCAGCAUGGCGAGUAUUGACCGGCUGGGGAAGCGCUCCCCCUCUAUUGACAGCAUCCGUAAAGACCCCAGGUGGAGGGACCCUGACCUCCCUGAAGUAAUUGCUAUGCUCAGCCACCCUAUUGAUCCAGUCAAGUCUAAUGCUGCAGCCUACUUGCAGCACUUGUGCUACGAGAAUGAUAAAAUCAAAAAGGACGUGAGGCAUCUCAAAGGGAUACCUAUCUUGGUGGGUCUACUCGAUCAUCCAAAGCCCGAGGUCCAUCGGAAAGCCUGUGGGGCUCUCAGAAAUAUCUCCUAUGGGAAGGAUAAUGAAAACAAGGUGGCUAUAAAGAACUGUGAUGGGAUCCCUGCAUUGAUCAGACUGUUGCGAAAAACGAAUGACAUGGAAGUCAGAGAGCUAAUUACAGGCACCCUGUGGAACUUAUCCUCCUAUGAGCCCCUGAAGAUGGUCAUCAUCAACCAUGGUCUGCAGACACUUACCAACGAGGUGAUUAUACCCCACUCAGGUUGGGAGAGUGAGCCAAAUGAGGACUCCAAGCCUCGAGAUGCUGAGUGGACAACUGUCUUCAAGAACACUUCUGGGUGCUUACGGAAUGUAAGUUCUGAUGGAGCAGAAGCACGCAGAAGACUAAGAGAGUGUGAUGGCUUGGUGGAUGCCCUCCUUCAUGCUUUACAGUCUGCAGUUGGCAAGAAGGAUACAGACAAUAAGUCUGUGGAGAACUGUGUGUGCAUCAUGCGGAACCUUUCCUAUCACGUCCACAAAGAGGUCCCUGGAGCUGAUAAGUACCAAGAAACAGAUGCCAGUCAGACUACAAGCAUGGGAGGCUCUCAGAAGAAGAAGAAAGAUGAUGCUGGUUGCUUUGGUGGAAAAAAAGCUAAAGGAAAGAAGAAUGGAGAUUUGGACAGGAAUUUUGAUACACUGGAUUUGCCUAAGCGGUCUGAAGCAGCAAAAGGCUUUGAAUUACUCUACCAGCCAGAUGUGGUCCGGCUGUAUCUCUCCAUCCUCACUGAAAGUCAGAACUUCAACACUCUGGAAGCUGCAGCAGGGGCCUUGCAGAAUCUCAGUGCUGGCAACUGGAUGUGGUCCACGUACAUCCGUGCAACGGUGCGGAAGGAGAGGGGAUUACCUGUGCUUGUGGAGCUGCUCCAGUCUGACUCUGACAAGGUUGUGAGGGCUGUGUCCAUUGCCCUGAGAAACCUUUCCAUGGAUCGUCGCAAUAAAGAUCUUAUAGGUAGUUAUGCCAUGGGUGAGCUGGUAAGAAAUUUGCCCAGCAGGCAGCAGAGAUCUGCAAAGAACCUGGAAGAGGAUACAGUGGUUGCUGUGUUGAAUACCAUCCAUGAAAUCAUUACUGACAGCUCAGAAAAUGCAAGGUCUCUGAUCCAGACACAGGGCAUUCAGAAGCUGGUAGCUAUCAGCAAGUCAAGCCACUCUCCCAGAGAAACAAAAGCAGCAUCUCACGUUCUUCAGAUGAUCUGGAGCUAUAAAGAGCUACGCAAUGCCCUGCAGAAGGAUGGGUGGAACAAAUCACACUUUCAGUCUGUUUCUGCAACUCCAAAGAGUUCCAAAGGUACUGCUGGCAGGUCUAGCUAUGAUGACAGCACUUUGCCUCUGGUGGAUAAAAGUCAAGAUAAUGAGAAGGCUGGGAGUCGUGAUAUGAUACCUAUGGAUGAACUUGGCCCAGAUGGGUACUCCACCAUCGAUCACCGGGAGAAGGAGCGCAAGUACAAGACCACGGAUAACACAGGGGAUGCCUCAGAAAAAGAACCUUUAAAAAAUGACACAAAUAGGAAAAACAUUAACAGGAGUAACAGGGCUUCGGUGAAUCUGGUGGAUGCCCGUGACAUUAAACCCCAGCCUGUUGACUCCUGGGUCUAAUUUGCAUGCAUGGGCUAGAGUCCAACCACAUUUUUUUUAAUUGAGGGGGAGAAGCAAGCAUUGAAUCAACACAGAGGAUCUCAUCAGUCACCACUGCCAUUCAGAUUUGGAGGGCGCUGCAUCACUGACCAGGCUGCAGAUUCUGAGAAGAUGAGGGGAGAAAAGACAUCUGACUGCCAUUGCCAACCCCGGAGCACCAUGCCUUACAGCAAGACAAUUUGCUUUUUAACUCAGCUACAUUCCCACCAGAAACAGCCACCACCUCCCCCUCCAUCCCACUGCUGCAAGAAGAAAGCAAGCAUGAAAAGAGAACCCAAGCUUCCAUCUACAGCUGGUUGCAUUCCUAGGUGACUCUUACAUGUGGAUGGUGCCAAGUAUGAGUGAAAGUCAUGGGGCAGCAAAGAAGACAGCUUCACAAGUGAAAAAGAAACUGCAGAAUAAUUGAAAUAAUAUCAUAGAUGUAGCCAUGAAGAUAGCACUUUUAUCAUUUGGGGCUUAUGGUUUUGUUUUUUGUUUGGGGAGAUUUCUUUUGAACUGUGAAUCUAACAUUUUUAAAGGCUUUUUGAUAAAUGUUUAGGUUUUCUUUAUUUCCAGAGAAAGUGCAGGAAUGUUGAGUGAGUUUAUUGGAUUGCAAUGAAAGGAGGAUUUGCAGAACAAAAACUAUUAAAUGCUGGUCAGAUGAACUGUAGAGUGGAUGACAGUAUUGAUGCAAGCUGUAUAAUCUGCUUUUAGAGUAAGCUAUAUCAAUCACAGAACCAUAUUAUCAUUAUAAUCUGGUGUACAAUACUUCUGCCUUUUGAAUUCUGUAAUGGCUCUGUUUUUAUUUCCACAUAUUGAAAAGCAGUUUAUUGAAGGUUUCAGUGUCCCUGGUUCAGAAAUUUAUGCUGAGAAAUGGAGCUUGCUGGCUUUUUAUUUUCUUGUUCCUGAAAACUGCAAUAAGGAGGUUUUACAUUUUAAAUGUAGCAGUGUUGCAUUGGUGAUGAUUAGUGAUUUCUUCUGCCAUAGCUGUUAACACAUUGGAAGAAAUAGGAGCUUUUUUGUAGGAUGUCUCAUUUUGACCACUAUAAAUUUUAGAUGGGUCUGUCACUUAAAUUUGAUGGUAAAUUUAUCACUGAUGGAUCCAUGUUUGCUUUGGGCUAUAGAUCCUGAUGAAGAAUGCCACAAAGAGGACUGGUUUGUCAUUUUUUAAAUCACCAUCAUAAUUUCUGUGUUCCUUUGACUUUGUUUUGUGAUUACAGAUUUUGUCUGGUGUGAAAAUAACCCAUGUGCAAUGGUUCUCCUCUGAGAGGCCAAGGCUUUGCAUAAGGGGAACUCAAACCUCACAAGAACAUGCUCUGCAUAUGUGGUUUCUGGUAAAGCCAUGAACUAAAUGACUUCAGAUCACUGAUUUUCUCCAGGCAUUGGUCGUAGAAGGGCAGCAGAUGAGAAUAGGAAGCAAAUGUCUUGCUAGUAGCAUGAGAGGACUUUUGCUGAUUUUAUUUGGUUGCCACUGUUCUUUGAUUGCCACAUUUAGUUUUAAACAUGCUCCUAAAAACUGUGUGACUGGAAAGCACAUAUUUCAAUCUAGCAAACAUCAUUUGCAGUUUUCAGUGCCUGCCAUUUCCUUUGUAAUGAAAAAGGGGAAAUAUCCAGUGAUCUCACCUCCCCCAAAAUAUUACUGUAAUAGUAAACAUCAAAAUUUUUGUAAAAAAAAUUUAAAACUUUAAAAAAAAAAAGCAAGUACCAAGAGCUUUGUAUCUUCUUGAGUAUAUUAAAAUUUGACAUGAAUACAUAUAUAUAAAUAAAUAAAUCUAUAUAUCUAUAUAUAUAUUGUUGUGCAGAGGAUAGGUUAAAAAAACCAAACAUGUAAAGUAGUUUGCAGGAGAGGGAAGCCUUUGUUGAUUCAGGGAAAAAGACUGAUGCCAGAAGCUGUCAGUGAUUUGGAUGAUACAUGUGCUCCUUCACACCCUUCCCUUUUUGACCCUCAUCUUCCUCAUAGGUUGCAGUGGUCACUUCUGGAUCCUGGGGAAGGUGAAGUGACUUGGAGCAAAUUAAGACAGAUUUGUUUUUUCACCUGCAUGGGAGUCCUGUUGGGCCAAAGAUGCUCAGCAGAUGAAGAGAAGCAAAGAGAUACAUCUGUGAUUCUCUGCAUUCGUGUCCGGGGCAGUGUCUCUCUAUGUGUAGACGUAAAGUGUGGCAAUGAAACCAGAUACAUAGUCAGACUGUAUAUUAUAUUAAUGGUGCUCUUUUCAUACUUGUUCUGCCAAUACGCGGAGACCCUUUUAACCAAGCUACACAGAAGAGUUUUAUAUCACUUUUGGUUAUGUACUUGGUGUAUUCUUUUUGUAUAUGAAAGGAUUUUUUAAAAAAUGCUCAGUAAUUAGCAAUGGAAUCUGCUUUGUAGCUGAUUAGAACAGUGUAAGAGAAGGGCCGUGCUGUCAGUCUGUCCCUGAUCUACUUCAAACCAUAUAUUUACCAAAGGAGUCUGAGCAAAAGUUCACUUAAAAUAAAGACCUGACUGUUGAAAGGAGUCUCUGCUAAGACUUUGUGAUUUAGUUAUUGUACAGAUAUUUCUAAGCCAGCAAGAGGUUAACAGAGAAAACUGCAGGAAGGGGGAAGUGAAGUGACUAGGGGCCAAUUAUGUCCAUGACCUUCUAUCCCAGGAAUCCCAUGGCCCUCAGUUGGGCACUACAGGGACACUCAGAAUCUCGACCAGAAUCUACUUUGGUCUCUAUCAUUAGUGGGCUAAAAAUACUGAGGAGUAUUUGAGAAGCAAAUUCAAACCCUAUCCCACUUUCCUCGAGAGCCCUUUUUGUACUUACGCUGCAUCCUGUGAUAAUCAAACCUCCCUGCCAGGUUCAGUAGCAUUGGCUGCCCAGGGUCAUUGUAACAAACUGUUCUUUGUUUUCCUGGGGGUAAGUGUUCAUGGCAGCCAAGGUAGUUUUCAGCUGACAGUGUGGUUUAUUGCUGCAGAAAAGCACAGGAUGGUGUAUCAAGAGAUCAGACAGCAACAUAGGCCAGCACUCCCCGUGGGAAUUGUCAGUCUAACCCCAGCCCCUCCCAUGCCUUACACAACAACAAAUUCCCAAGUAUGUAGCAAUAACCCAUCAGAUACGUUACUGUGUUUUUUUUUCUUCUCACCAAACUGUUGUUUGGGUAACAAGGAAGGAAAAUGGAUGGGGGGUGACUUGCAUGUGAGACUAUCACCUGGUAUUAUCAGCCCACCAGCUGAAGUUCAAAGCAAGAUAAUUUGCACCAGGUCUGGUGAUUUAAUGUCCUUUUUAUCUAUGGCCACAAGCUCACUGGUGGGAUGUGUGCCCACACCUGCCUUUACCUCUCCUCUUGUUGGCACAAGUGUGACUGGCUGUUUGAGCUGUUCUGGGACGUGGGUGGAUAAACCUGUAAUUGUAUUUUGGCAGCAGGGACUGUAUGUAAAGAAGGGAAAGUGGCAGUGUGUGUGACUAAAGCUGCAGUAGGGUCUAGAGUCUCCUGCUAAAAAGCAGGCAGUGCUUCUUAGGGCUCAAGUAUGUCACCUCCUCUUUUCCUGUUGGCUCUACUGUGAAAACUGGAGGGGAUCUGCCAGCAAAGGGCUGGGGCAGAACAGAUUUCUACCUGCAGAAGUUCUAGUGGGAGGAUAGUUGUGUAAAGAAAAGUUGAGUUGCAAGAUGCCUGCUAAAGAGAAGGAGAAAAUUUGUUAGCCCAAUGAGGGCUGAGGUAACACAGGGGAGAGGGACACUUUUGGUGGCAAGUAAUUACUGCAGAACUUCCUUCUGCAGAAACCACUUCUGCAAGGUGGCUUGCACAUCUCCCAAGCACCUUCACUAAGCUGUGGAGGUUUAAAAACACCACUGGAGAAACAUUGUUUGGCUGUUGAGUGUGUGAACAGUUGUGCUUACAGCUUCCCAGGUUGGUCUGCAGAAUCUGAGGAGAGUGGAAAGGCUUUAGGAUGUUUUGUUUCUGUCUUGGAGUUAAGUGGCAGCUUAGCUGUAAGUGUAGCUUGACAACUCAAGAUGUGUUGCCAGCUUGAAAAGGUCCCUAGGGAACAGCUUGGGCAGCCAUAGUCCUGAUCUUCAGGGUCUUCAGAGCAAAACAGCUGCCUGUCCUGGUUCUACUCUUGUGCACUCACACAUGCAGGUUGUGAAUGCAUCUGUAUCAGGAAACCAAAUCUUGUCUCUGUAGCCAAGACAUCACAAAAGGGACUGACCUGGGGACUAGGAACUGACAUGCUGUAAAUGCCACAUCAAGAAAGCAGGGGGUGAUAGGUUUGUUACAGCAGAUGAGUAAAUUCUUGCCAACUCUGAGGAGUACUUUUUGGUGAUGCUUUCAAGCAUGCAAGGCUUAUUGCUGAUCGAAGCACUUUUCACUCCUAGAGUAGUUCCAUGAAAUUGAAGGUGGUGAGUUACCUUCUGUUACUUGCCUUAAAGUUGAGCAUGUAGGCUCAGCUACCUGUGAGAGAGGCACAUCUUAAACCCUUUGAGUAAGCAAAGCUUCAGAAGACAAAUGGGCACAUCAGGGUGGUUAUAGCCUCUUCUGCUGUCCAGCUGCCCACUUGGUGAAAACUACAGUGUGCCAAUAACUUCAGCCAGACUUUUUGGGCUGUUGGGUGGAGUUGUGCUCUCAGUUUUUCAAGGUGUUUCAAUAGGCAUAGUUUCUCACAAAACUUCCUUGUUUUGAUGCCCCUAAAAUCUGAUGUUUCCUUGUCUUUUGACAGAGGAAUUCUCUGGUUUAUUGGUACAGUAGCUAAUCUAGUGCAUUUAAAGGGAAGAUAUUAAUGAACUUUUAUUUUCUGUCUUAAGUUUUACAUCAGGGUAGGAUGUUCUUGGAAGUUCAAGGUGAAGAGGAAGGUAGUGCAGAUACUACAAGGCCUGCCAAUCUGGUUCUUACUGUUCAGAAAAACAAAAUGACUAGACUAAAGCUUACUGGUAAUUAGUAGCUAAUGUGUUUGUAACUAUCAUGUGCCUUAAAAUUUUCAUGGUAGGAGAAUAAAAAAAAAAUCAACAAUGUGUUUUCUGUAAUACUGCUCAACAUUCUCUCUGUAGUUUAGACUGGUGGGAUUUUGCAUUGUAUUUACACUGUACUAUAAACUGAAACACUUAGAAUGGUUUGAUUUUACGAGUAUGGAGAGGAAAAAAAAGGUGAAUUAUGCUUUUCAUAGAACAAAUGUUACCGUGACAGAAUGUAUUAUUAUUAUUAUUAUAGGAUCUUUCCAUAAUGCAGACAAGUAGAAUGCUUGUUAGACACCAGGUAUGUAGGAUAACAAUUUGGUGUGUUUUCAAUAAACCAUGCCUGGAAAGAA